AUGCACAAGUGUAUAGUGUGCGGUAAUACAUCUAAUAACACCAGUCACCAAUGUCAAUCGUCAAGGAGUUAUUUAUCAUGGAAUUCCCAUGAAUGCAUACAUGAGAACGAAAUGGCUUCAAGUUUUUGGAAUUGA